GUUGGCGACUUUGGCCAUGGCCGCUGCCUGCCCUGCGCGGGGGCCGGAGCUGCGGCUCCUGGGGCCGCUGCUGCUGUUGCUGCUGAUGGUGAUGGGGGGCCCGGGCCGGGGGGCGGCCUUGAGCGGGAACGCGACCGGGCCUGGGCCGCGUAGCGGUGGCGGGAGCGCCAGGAGGAGCGCGGCGGUGACCGGCCCUCCGCCGCUACUGAGCCACUGUGGCCGGGCCGCCCCCUGCGAGCCUCUGCGCUACAAUGUGUGCCUGGGCUCGGCGCUGCCCUACGGGGCCACCUCCACGCUGCUGGCCGGGGACUCGGACUCGCAGGAGGAGGCGCACGGCAAGCUCGUGCUCUGGUCCGGCCUCCGGAAUGCCCCCCGCUGCUGGGCAGUGAUUCAGCCCCUGCUGUGCGCUGUGUACAUGCCCAAGUGUGAGAAUGACCGGGUAGAGCUGCCCAGCCGCACCCUCUGCCAGGCCACCCGAGGCCCCUGUGCCAUCGUGGAGCGGGAGCGGGGCUGGCCUGAUUUCCUGCGCUGUACCCCCGACCACUUCCCUGAAGGCUGCCCGAAUGAGGUGCAAAACAUCAAGUUCAACAGUUCAGGCCAAUGUGAAGCACCCUUGGUGAGGACGGAUAACCCCAAGAGCUGGUACGAGGACGUGGAGGGCUGUGGGAUCCAGUGCCAGAAUCCGCUCUUCACCGAGGCCGAGCACCAGGACAUGCACAGCUACAUCGCGGCCUUUGGAGCUGUCACCGGCCUCUGCACGUUCUUCACCCUGGCCACCUUCGUGGCUGAUUGGCGAAACUCCAAUCGCUACCCUGCAGUUAUUCUGUUCUACGUCAAUGCGUGUUUCUUUGUGGGCAGUAUUGGCUGGCUGGCUCAGUUCAUGGAUGGUGCCCGUAGGGAGAUCGUCUGCCGAGCAGAUGGCACCAUGAGGCUUGGGGAGCCCACGUCCAAUGAGACCCUGUCGUGUGUCAUCAUCUUUGUCAUCGUGUACUAUGCCCUGAUGGCUGGAGUGGUCUGGUUUGUGGUCCUCACCUAUGCCUGGCACACUUCCUUCAAGGCCCUGGGUACCACCUACCAGCCUCUCUCGGGCAAGACUUCCUACUUUCACCUGCUCACAUGGUCACUUCCUUUUGUCCUCACUGUGGCAAUCCUUGCUGUGGCCCAGGUGGAUGGGGACUCUGUGAGUGGCAUCUGUUUUGUGGGUUACAAGGACUACCGCUACCGUGCUGGCUUUGUACUGGCUCCAAUCGGCCUGGUGCUCAUCGUGGGAGGUUACUUCCUCAUCCGGGGAGUCAUGACUUUGUUCUCCAUCAAGAGCAACCACCCUGGGCUGCUGAGUGAGAAGGCUGCCAGCAAGAUCAAUGAGACCAUGCUGCGCUUGGGUAUUUUUGGCUUUCUGGCCUUUGGCUUUGUGCUCAUCACCUUCAGCUGCCACUUCUACGACUUUUUCAACCAGGCUGAGUGGGAGCGCAGCUUCCGGGACUACGUGCUGUGCCAGGCUAAUGUGACCAUCGGGCUGCCCACCAAGAAACCCAUCCCUGACUGUGAGAUCAAGAAUCGCCCUAGCCUCCUGGUGGAGAAGAUCAACCUGUUUGCCAUGUUUGGAACUGGUAUUGCCAUGAGCACCUGGGUCUGGACCAAGGCCACGCUGCUCAUCUGGAGACGCACCUGGUGCAGGUUGACUGGGCAGAGUGAUGAUGAGCCCAAACGGAUCAAGAAGAGCAAGAUGAUUGCCAAGGCCUUCUCCAAGCGGCGCGAGCUGCUGCAGAACCCAGGCCAGGAGCUCUCCUUCAGCAUGCACACAGUCUCCCAUGAUGGGCCUGUGGCGGGUUUGGCCUUUGACCUCAAUGAGCCUUCAGCAGAUGUCUCCUCUGCCUGGGCCCAGCAUGUUACCAAGAUGGUGGCUCGGAGAGGAGCCAUACUGCCCCAGGAUGUGUCUGUCACCCCCAUGGCAACUCCAGUGCCACCAGAGGAACAAGCCAACCUGUGGUUGGUUGAGGCAGAAAUCUCCCCAGAGCUGGAAAAGCGCCUGGGCCGGAAAAAGAGGAGGAAGAGGAAGAAGGAGGUGUGCCCCCUGGUGGCAGCCCCUGAGCUUCGCACUGUCCCUGCUGCCAGCACUGUUCCUAGGCUGCCUCAGUUGCCCCAGCAGAAGUGUCUGGUGGCUGCAGGAGCCUGGGGAGCUGGGGAAUCCUGCCGACAAGGAGCCUGGGCCCUGGUAUCCAACCCCUUCUGCCCAGAGCCCAGUCUCCGUCAAGAUCCAUUCCUCCCGAGCGCCCCAGCUCCCACAGCUUGGGCUCAGGGCUGCCGCCAGGGGCUGGGACCCAUUCACUCCCGAACCAACCUGAUGGAGGCAGAGCUCAUGGAUGCAGACUCUGACUUCUGAGCUCAGAGCAGGAACUGGGACAGGAAAAAGGAAGAAAAACCACUCUGAGGCUGUUCCUCCCUGAGCAUGCUUCCGUGGGCUCUCAUCUUCUAGAGAACCUGUGAGCCUUCCCAAGAGAGUUCUAUAUGCCUGGCUCAAUGCAGCAGGACUGUGGGAAAGAGCCAGACAUCUCCCUGGGUAGGCCUCAUCCCAGGGGCAGAGGCCUGGAGCUCAGAAUUCUCGAUUUUUGCCCCACGAAGCAGGAGUCUAGCUGGCAGCAUCAGUCUCCAGCAGACCUUAUGGUGGGGCAGUAAUGGCAGAGGCAGGGGUGAUAGUACCCAGAGUGGACUGUGGUGGCCAGGGAGGCAAACCAAGCCCACAUCUGGCAGAUGAAGGCUGGUUGCCCUUUUCUGUGCCAAUGGGUGCCCUUUCCUGGCACUCUCAGACCCAAAGUGUUUAUUGUGUCAUGUGUCGUUUGUCUAAGUGGGGCCAGGGCACCCUUAUUUUUCUCCCACGUGACUGUGAUGCUGGAAGUGCCUACUCCCAUUGGACCAUAACCUCUUAACUGGUAGCCCUAUUCCAAACCUUUGUUUUCUGGCACCCCUACCCUUUCCCACCUGAGUUCUACAAGGCCAACCUCUUCCUGCUUAUUGGUUAGGAUCCCAGAACUGUAGUACACCCCCCGCCGCCACCCCCCUUCCCGCAAACACACACACCCAGCUGCUGAGUUCUAGCUCAACUGAGAUUGGUCCAGUUCUAGAGCCUUGGCUUACAUGAGGUAGAAAGGGUCCAGGCUUCUGAAAGCAUGUUAUCUCUUCCUCAGAUCCAUCUGGUGGGGAUGGAUCCUCUGACUUGAGGGGCUACCCUGGGAAGCUACUGUAGCUUCAGCCAGACAGGAAAGCUUCUUUCAACUUCCACAACUGGUGGGAGAGGAGAAUCCCCACCUUUCUUUGUAACUUUUAACCAUGUCCUUAGCACCCCACAUUCAAGAACCAGACAGCAGAAAGCCUCACAGGCUGGCGGGGUUCCAGGUCAAGGGAUGGGGAUGGAAAGAAGAAAUAUAAACAGUAAAUAAAAUGUUU